UUUCCUGACGCUAUAAAUUUUACAGUCUCUCAUGAAGAUGUGUUCUACUGCUUCGUAUAAACCGAAUCAGCGCCCGACGCAAGGCCAUCCUGAAGGGGUCCAUGGUCAAGGAGGUUAUGGUUCUGUAUUAGCCUCCUUGGAUUCUUGGUCGUUGUGGAUAUGUAUAGGCGACUUGUUCAAGCAUAGAUAUUAAUUUGAUCCUGCCGUCCAAUGUAUACAUACAUAUAUACAUAUGCGUAGCAGGCUGUCCAGAUCUAAGCACACGCUCUGCAGGCUGCCCACAUCACAAGACUUGUUCCUACCUAACCCAUGUAUAUACAUACAUAUACAUACAUACAUGACACUAUGGCAGGAUCUCACUAUAAAUACUAGCCUCCAUUAUUGUUUAGAGAUCGCAGUUGAAGCAGCACAGCAACCAGUUCCCAAAGCUUGACAGCCAGCACGUUCCUACCAGUGUCAACACUGCUUGGUAACUCGUUUCAGUACGGUGAAAACGGAAAUAGACAAUGGUGGCCAUUCGUGUGCUGCUCCUUGCAGGAGCUCUCUUGGCCUUUGCAUGCUCACAGCAUGGCGUCGCCGCCUCCGACCCCAGCCUUCUCCAGGACUUCUGUGUCGCGGACAAGGUGUCUCAAGUGCGUGUCAACGGGCUGCCUUGCAAAGCUGCGAACGAAGUUGUCGCCGAGGACUUCUUCUUCUCCGGCCUCCAUAUGGCCGGCAACACGGCCAACAAGCAGGGCUCGGCGGUGACCGCCGUCAACGUCGCGCAGAUCAGCGGGCUCAACACCAUGGGCAUCUCCCUCGUCCGCAUUGACUAUGCGCCAAAUGGCCUCAACCCUCCUCACACCCACCCGCGCUCCACCGAGAUCUUGACCGUGCUAGAGGGUUGCCUCCACGUCGGCUUCGUGACCUCGAACCCUGAGAACAGACACUUCACCAAGGUUCUCGCCAAGGGAGAUGUGUUUGUGUUCCCCAAGGGCCUCGUCCAUUACCAGUUCAAUAAUGGGAAUACUCAUGCGGUGGCCAUCGCGGCGCUGAGCAGCCAGAACCCUGGAGUGAUCACGGUAGCCAACGCGGUGUUUGGAUCGGAGCCUGCCAUCUCAGAUGAUGUUAUUACCAAGGCCUUCCAGGUGGAGAAGAACACGGUAGAUUGGAUCCAAGCACAGUUCUAAAAAGUCUUGUGUUGCGGCGUUUGUUUGUUUGUUUGUUGAAGUACUAUUUUAUCUUUAGCUUCAUUUGGAUUGCAUUGCAUGUUCUUCAUAAGUAUUGUAAGUUGAGGAUUUUUAAUCCUCAUGUGUAUGUUCUUUACCUAUGUAACAUUGAUGUAUUGUGGUACACACCUCUAUUUGUUUAUUGCAAAGGCAAAUUAUUUGUUAAA